CAGUAAUUCCCUGCUUUGUGUGGGAAUGGCGUAGGGAUGAGAUAUAUCCUACUUGUUUCGUCACUGCUGGGAAGUGUUCUCGAGCGAACGCACAUACUGACUACCGUUAUUAUACUUCACAACAAUAAAUUGCAUCAGCAACAACGCGUAUUUUUGAGUAUCGAAAAUGCGUAUACCAGGUUGCAAAAUGUUUUUGGAAAAGGAAGUUCCAUGUCGCCAAAUCAACUUGAACGGCAGGCGGGUGGUCGUAGACGGACAAAAUUUUUUCUACGCAAAAUAUGAGGACUUUAAACUAGAAUUCCGAUUCGGUAGCGAGUGCGACAAAUACGCUGAGUUCCUGCGCGGGGAGCUGCAAGCGUUCCAGCGCGCCGGCAUCACCUGCCUCUUCGUGUUCAAAGGCGGGCACAACAAGAUGCCCCGAAGGCCGUGCGCGCACCUGCCUCCGGCGCCACCGCUGCUCGCGAGCGAGGUCCACAAGCAGCUGCUCGACGAAAUGGGCUUCGAGUAUACAGUCUGCGAUUACACCGCCAACGACGACUGCGUGGCGCUGGCGCGCUCUUUGCACUGUCCGAUUCUAGCUAACAACGUGGAGUAUUUUUUUGCCGGUAUCCAGUAUAUACCCUACACCAACUUGAACUAUUCGACCGUUCGGGCAAACCAGUACGAGCUCAAUUCGUUGCUGACUAAGUAUAAGAUCGACAACAAACAAGUAGCUACAUUUCUUGCGCUCUUCGACGUGAAAGUUUUUAACUUGGAGACCCUCGAAAAUUUGCUAAGGAGAUUGCACCUGCCGCUGUCGUACGCGAAAAGAAUAGAUAGUUUCCUGCGCUGGUUAGGGCACGAGGGCCAGUGCGCCGCGACCCUCAUCUCGCGCAACCUGGCCACGGACGAUCGCAACAAGCUGCAGUCGGAAAUAGAGCGGAAGCUCGAAAAUGUCGUUGAGAAGCGCUCAUCCGGCGGCCUGGCCGCGCAAUACUUCCUGGAUAGAGACCGUUGCCGCAUAGGCGUGGCCGAUCCGGAGUGGUUUGAAAAAGGUGUCGCCUUGAAGUUCAUACCCAUUCCAUACAUUAACAUCUACCGUUGGAGGAUCGUCGAAGUGUACGAUAACGACGACCCCUUGCUUGUCGCGGCGCCGAUCAUCAGGUACGCGUUCGACUUGCUCACAAACUUCUGCAACGAGAAGAUACUUGUCAAAAUCGAGCCGCGACAACCGCAGUCGUCGGAGGGCGUCAACAUCGAAAGCUGUCCGGAGGCGAGCAUUGAAAUAGUCCAGUCAGUUCGGAGACCGAACUACGGUUCGGGCAACGUGUUUGAAAACGGAUGGAACGACAUCGGCUCAUUCAAAUUAUUCGAACAUUUUCUAUGGGAAAUAUUAGGAAUAUCCGAGUGGGGGCGGCUGGAGCGCGCACCGGACGAUGCCAGGCUGGUGGUGGUGGCGCUUGUGUACGCGGCGCGGCUCGGCGGCGGGGCGGCGGCGCGCGGCGUGACGCACGCGGCCCUGCUGUGCCACGCGCUGCUCGCCGCGCCGGGCGCCGGCCCGCGCAGCGCCGCGCGACUUCUCAUGGACACAUACUUGUGUGGUACAGACGAGGACGUGGAGCAGAGCGUGCUGGUGGCGGUGCAGCAGCUGCAGCACUGCCUCAGGCACAUCAACUUCCUGAACGUGAUGUGCGGCUCGCCGCUGCCGCCGACGCUCUACAGCAGCUCCUUCAACGCGACGUUUGUGUACCGCGCGGCGCGGGGGCUGCGGGGGGAGCACCCUCCGCCGCCCGCCGCACCCCCCGCACUGCGCUCCUACCUUGACAACAUACUCGACAUCUACGAGCAUUUCCUCAAUUUUCUAUAG